CGGUUCGAAGAUAGUUGGCAUUGUAUGACCAUUUAGUAGGCGAGUGUGUGCAACAUUUUGACGUUUAGAAAAAACAAAUGGCUGGACGUAGACCACGUCGUCAACAGUGACACUAAAAAGCAGUUGUUAACAUACGGACAUGGCUGUAGCUCCACAAAAUCAAAGCUUUUAUUUGCUUUGCGUUCGAUGCCAAAAAUUUGGUCGAUUUGUAUGCGAACGAUGUUCAGAUCGUUAUUGCUCGAAAAAUUGUCAAGUUCUCGAUUGGCCCUUUCAUCGGCAAAUAUGCAUUCAGAUGCCAUCCUUGCUGGAGGUGCCAAGUGAAAAUCAUAUGAUUCCAUAUGAUCAACGUCUAACACUGACAUAUCACACGAAUUCUCAAAAUCAAUACCAGCCUCACUUGAGAAACAACAACGACAGGAAGAGUGACCACUUUGCACGAGUGUUUGGUGGUCAAUCAUUUAUUAAACCGGAUCGACAAGAACUAUGCGACCCGCGAUAUUUUCAAUCGAAGACGGAUCCAGUAUAUAAGGCGCAACCUAUUCUACCAAUCGAAGCUGCUCAUUCGAGUGAUGCAGAUGAAAUCGUAAAUUUGGCAAUAGCCAAAUCGGACCGUGAAGAUCCAUUGAUCAAACGCGAACGACAAAUGUCAAAGAAACCGUUGAAUUGGGAUGAGGACAACCUCGAUCAUAUCCAUGCACUAGAGCGGUUAACGUCAAACGAUUCCCGAAAUUGGCAAAGACAAUUUCCCCUGGAAAAUGAUUCUUUUGUCGUGGUAGUUCAUUUUGAUGGGAGUCCUACCGUAAAUUGUUGGGUUGUUCAAAAUCAACAUAAAGCAAGAAGACAACAAUUGCUCGAUGAGAUGAAAAAAUUGCAUUGCAACAACGAGGGCGGCGAGCUUAAUAAACUAAUUACGAACGAGGUGUACUCUGUUUCGUACAAGGACAACUAUUAUCGCGGUGUUUGUCUCUAUCAAAUAAACACAAAAGAAGUGCUGGUUCGCCUAAUUGACGUUGGACUAACUUUUCAAGCGAAAAUCAGUGCAAUGAAAGCUCUAGAUCCACGCCUCAAGGCUGUGCAGGCUUUCGCGUUAGAGAUAAACCUCGAAAAAUCCCUAGAUUUAACAAUCGGCCAAAUAUUGAAGAUAAAUCGAUUUACAGUGGAUGCAAACGGAACAAUUAAUGUUACACUGAGACCAGAAGUGAAGACAACUCAGUCCACACAUCAAGCCAUUAAAAUUGCGACAAUAUCGAUACCGGCAGGGGAACCACUUGAUUUAUUUUGCUUGGACUAUGGUAACAUUGACAAAGGCUACAUCUCGGUAUGCCUACAUAAUCCCGAGAAAAUCGAAUCAAUUAAUCGAUUGUCGGACCAGAUUAAGGCCUACUUGAAGCCAUUCGGAAUAGCUGGCGCAUACUCUCCGAAUUUGGAUGAAAUUUGUUUCGCAUAUCACCGUUCCGAUCGUCAAUGGUAUCGUGCUGAAUGUAUCAACGUGAUGAAGAACAACGAAUUCGAAGUGAUUUUUAUCGAUUAUGGCAUCACGAGUACAGUGACCAGUGCAAAUUUGCGAAAAUUUUCGACAGAAUCUGCAGAAUUCUCGCAGCCGUCAUUGAUGCAUUUUUGUCACAUAAAAGGUAUACCAUUGAACCCGCCGAUGGAACUUGUCGAAAAGAUUGCAAAGUUUUUUGAAGAAAAUCCCAUUUUUCCCGUCAAGAGUGCUCAAUACAACGAUGGAAUGGUGAUAAUCGAUUGUCCCAAAUUAAUGAGAACCAUAUCGUAAGUCAUCAGCCGGUAUGGGGGAGUAUUCUACAAACACAUGAUAUCUGCCGGGGAUUAUAACGAUACAGCGUUACGCUGACGCUUCUAAUUUAUGGACAAGUGCCAAUGUAGCCAUUCAUUUCUUUCUUUAAAUAUUUAGUCAAUUGAAAAGGACAUUCCAGCAUUGAUUGCUGUUAUUUUUGGUUUUCAUUUGAAAGUUUAAUUUUCAAUUUUUCGACUGUUAGGUGUUAACUGACGUUGAA